CUCUCUUUCUCCUUCUGUCUUGUGUGUUUUUUUCCAUGUACAAAUUUUUGAAUUGAUUUUGUUGACAAAAAUGUUCUUAUUAAUUAAAUAAUCAUCUUUUUUUUUCUUCUUAUUUAAUUGUCAGUCAACUGUAAUUAUAAUCAUUCUCUGAUCAUUUCAAUUAAUUUAACCUGACCAUUGAUUUUUAUGUUAACAUGGAAUUGGUUCAAGCUUUUAAUGCAGAGCUCUCAUCGCUCUAUGAGGUUAAACCUCCCAUCUCUAAGGCAAAGAUGAGCCAAAUUACAAAAGUUGCCAUUAAAGGGAUUAAAAUGUAUAAACACAUUGUUCAAAGCGUCGAAAGAUUCAUAGCAAAGUGUCGACCGGAAUACAAAAUACCCGGUUUAUAUGUGAUCGACUCAAUUGUCCGCCAAUCAAGGCACCAAUUUGGAGCUGAGAAAGAUGUUUUCGGCCCAAGAUUUACUAGAAAUUUUAACCAAACAUUUCAAAACCUUUUUUUAACUUGUCCACAAGAAGACAAGCCAAAGAUUGUGCGGGUAUUGAACCUUUGGCAACGGAAUAAUGUAUUUUCUAGUGAGAUUAUCCAACCUCUACUAGAUAUGGCUAAUCCAAACGCAAAUUUAGGACAAAUUAAGUAUGAAGGUUCGCCUUCAGAAAGUGUUAACAACGAUCUACCAAGUGGUAGUAAUAAAGCUGACUCUGAUACAAAUUUGGUGUUGAGUUUACACAAAUUGGCAACUACAUUAGGACUUGUCAACAAUUCCAAUAAUGGUUCCAGUAUCGGCGGGUCAUCUGCUGGUGUUGUUGAUUCUGGAGGUUCACAACAAAACGCCGUACGAUUUGAUAAGAAACUGUUAGAUUUUGAUUAUAGUGAAGAUGAAGAUGACGAUAGUGAAACUCCAACUGAAGCUGAGCCACCAACAAGUGUUGCCUUAAACAAUGAAGAUGCCAAUGCUAAUCCCCUUGCCCUGAGUAUGGCUCAAAACUUAUUAUCCAAUCCAGAGCUUCUUAAGCGUUUACAACAAAUGCAACAAAACAUUCAACAACACCAGGAUAAUAAUUCUCAGAUAAAUAGUGGAAACGAUCGAGAUAUAUCGGACUCUUCCUUCAUUUCAUCAAUCAUCGAUUCUAAACCAGCUUUUAGUUCACAUCAUGAGAUCGAUUCAAGUCAUACCGAUAACAAUGCACCUAAUAGAGAUACUAUGCAAUCGGAGAAAGUUCCAACUGAUACCUUCACUUACCCUCAAAAUGUUAUAAAUCGUUUAAAUACCCGGUUAGAUCCUGUCAUUUCUAGUGGACCUUUAGUUUAUAAUGAAGAGCCCGCUCCCUAUCAAUCCCGAAUGGAUCGAAACUAUUCAAAUGAUAACAAACGUCAUUACGAUUAUAAUGGUCCAGAAAGAGAUAAUGAUAUGAAUGCAAGAUCUCGUUCACGGUCACCUCGUCGAAAUUCAAGAUUUCAAAGGUCUAGUUACCGGGACAAAGAUGAAAGAGUUAAACGAAGCCGGUCUCGUUCUCCUUGGAGAUCAUCUAAUGAUAGUAGGAGAAACUAUGAAUCUCGUUCACCACGAGGUGGCCGAAGAGGCGAUCGAAUUAGUUUGUCACCUGAUAGUAAAGAAAGAGAAAAAGAACGAGAAAAGGAAAGGGAAAGACGGCGACGAGGGUUACCACAAAUUAGAAAAGGUUUUCUUACAAUUUGUAGCACAACUUUAUGGUUAGGUCAUGUUCCAAAGUUAGUAUCAGAAGCCGAUAUUUCCAAUACUUUUGGAGAGUUCGGAACUAUCAACAGUAUCGAUCUCAUCCCUCCCAGAGGUUGUGGAUAUGUUUGUAUGAAUCGUAGACAAGAUGCUUACAGAGCAUUGAAUCAAUUAAAAAAUUUUAAACUUCAUGGUAGCACUAUCAAGAUGGCUUGGGCUCCCGGCAAAGGCAUGAAAGGCAAAGAGUAUAAAGAUUGUUGGGAUGUUGAGCUUGGCGCAAGUUACAUUCCCUAUGACAAACUUGAUGAUAAUGUCGAUAUUGACUUGCUCGAAGAUGGUGGUAUGAUCGAUGAAGAUACUGUACCAGAAAAAUUGAAAGAAAUUAGAAAUCGAAAAGCCAAAGAAAACGAGGAACGAAUGAUCCAAGUAGCAAUGCUCACUCAACCAUCGUUAAUACCUGUGCCUUCAAUGGUAUCAGUUUCAACGCCGGUCCCAGCAGUUCCACCUACAGCCCCUCCAUUUAGCAUACCACCUCCUUCAGGUAUACCGCCUCCUUCCAGUAUGCCACCCCCGGGUUUGCCACCUCCAUCGGGUAUUCCUCCACCCGGUAUACCUCCUCCAUCAGGUUUACCACCUCCAUCAGGCAUGCCACCACCAGGCAUGCCUCCUCCAGGUAUGCCUCCUCCAUCAGGUAUGCCGGCUCCAUUUGGAAUGCCUCCUCCAGGUAUACCACCGCCGUCGGGUAUACCGCCUCCUUCUGGUCUCGUUCCACCAGCUAUGACACAACAACCUGUACCGACUUCGAUGGCGCAGUCAGUUCUACCUGUUGGAAUUCCACCACCACCACCACCACCUCAACCAUUCGUUAUUCCAGGUUCAACUAGUGUUCCUUUACGACCAAUAAUUUCCAAUAAUUAUCGUCAUAAUUACUAUAAUAUUCAUAUCAAAUAACAAUAACAAUCAUAAUUAAAUCUUUUAUUACUUUUGAAACAAUUUCAAAAAUUGUAGCAAUUAAAAGCAACUUAAUUAACAUA